AUGAAGUACUACAUUCGAUCUGGAAGUUUGAAGCGGUUGUUUUCGAUAGGACGUCGUAGUACAAGCAGCAGUAGCAGCAGUUUAGAAGAUUCUGGAAUUGAAGAAGAUUACAAUAAUAAUAAACUCAAGUUUCCUGACCUUGAACCCCAUCUUUUUGCUAAAAAACCCACUUGGAAAUGUUACUCCUUUGAAGAAAUCUUUGUUGCUACUAAUGGCUUCUCCCCAGAUAAUUUGGUGGGAAAAGGAGGUUAUUCAGAGGUAUACAGAGGAGAGUUAAAAGAUGGAGAAAUGGUGGCAGUGAAGAAGCUAACAAGAGCAACCAAUGAGGAGAAGAGAGAGAAAGAGUUUUUAACAGAGAUUGGAACAAUUGGACAUGUUUUCCAUCCAAAUGUUUCUUCUCUGUUAGGUUGUUGUAUUGAUAAUGGUCUUUAUCUUCUUUUCCCCUUCUCUCCUAGAGGCUCUGUUGCUUCUGUUCUUCAUGAUCAAAGUGAUAGGGCGAUGGAGUGGGAAGUAAGGCACAAGAUAGCAGUUGGAACAGCUAAGGGUUUGCACUACUUGCACAAAGGGUGUCAAAGAAGAAUCAUACAUAGAGACAUUAAGGCCACCAAUAUUUUGUUAAGUGAAGAUUUUGAGCCACAGAUUUCUGAUUUUGGUCUUGCUAAAUGGCUUCCUACCCAAUGGACUCAUCAUUCAAUUGCCCCUAUUGAAGGAACGGUCGGAUAUUUGGCACCUGAAUAUUUCUCUCAUGGGAUAGUUGAUGAGAAAACAGAUGUAUUUGCAUUUGGAGUCUUUCUAUUAGAGCUAAUUUCCGGGAAAAAACCAGUAGAUGCCUCUCAUCAAAGCUUACGCAGUUGGGCUAAACCAUUCCUUAAGCGAGGGGAGAUUGAGAAAUUGAUUGACCCAAGACUUGAAGGUGCCUAUGAUGAUGUCGAAUUUAGACGACUAGCUUUUGUUGCCUCUAUUUGCAUUCGUUCAUCAACUACUUGGCGCCCUACCAUGAGUGAGGUACUUGAGAUGUUGAUGGGAGGGGAGAUAGAUGAAGAAAGGUGGGAAAUGCCGGAGAAAGAAGCACAAGAUCUUGAUAAAGAGUUUUGGGAUUUUGAAGACCUUGAAUAUGAGUGUGACUCUUCAUUCUCCACAUCAAUACACGAUGAUUCGAUUUCUACCGGAAGUUCUUAGAAUCGAAAUAUGGCGUUAAAUUAGGUAUCGUGUAAAUAAAAGACAUAAACUUCAAUUCUUAGGAAGAAGAUGAAUGCUAAAUGUUGUAAAACUAGAUGAGUUAGACCGAUUAAUUAUUGAGAAGCUUUCUAUGUAACUACGAUAUUAUAUGUUGAGCUCCUAGUGUUAAAUUAAUGUUGUAGCUAGGAUCGAUAAGACCUCGGUUUAUUGGCACGAACCAAAUACGAGUCAAUUAAAAGUUCGACUUUGUAGUGAAAUGUCUAAAAUUAAUUUUAUGCA